CCAUGGUAACCGUUGUUAGCUGGAGCAGAUUUGUUGGCUUUAUUUUGAGCUAGUUGUGUUGAUGCUGUUGGCGUCAUUUGUGCUAAUAUUUUCUGUCUUGAGGAAAAGCUAAUUAAAUAUACACAAUCGCGUUUUAUUUCUGCUCUGAAUCGGAUCGGCACUCAAAGACAGAAGAUGUCAGGAGAUCUUGUAGCUGUGUGGGACGUGGCUUUGAGUGAUGGUGUGCACAGGAUUGAAUUUGAACAUGGCACAACCACAGGCAAGCGGGUCAUUUACAUUGAUGGAAAGGAAGUCAUUAAGAGAGACUGGAUGUUCAAACUGGUUGGAAAGGAGACUUUUCAUGUGGGUGAUGCAAAUACAAAAGCCACUAUUAACAUAGAUGCAGUGAGUGGCUUUGCAUACGAGUACACUCUUGAGAUUAAUGGACAGAGCCUGAAGAAGUACAUGGAGAAUCGGUCCAAAGUUACCAGCACGUGGCUCCUCAACCUGGAUGGCAUCGACUGCAGAGUGGUUCUGGAGAAAGAUACCAUGGAUAUAUGGUGCAAUGGACAGAAAAUGGAAACAGCUGGUGAGUUUGUUGAUGAUGGCACAGAGACACACUUCACUCUGGGCGACCAUGACUGCUGCAUCAAGGCUGUAAGCAGCGGCAAGAGACAAGAUGGCAUCAUUCACACACUGCUGGUGGAUGGCAUGGAAAUCUCAGAGUCAGAGUGAUCUGUGUGAAUGAGUGUGUGAGUGUGUUUGGAUUAUCCAUCCUUGUGAGAAGUGUUUCCUGUAUAUAGAUUCUGGGACAGCAUUGUUUGUGCAGUAGCACAAAUAUGUCCUCAAAAGCGAAGAGAUUAAAUGUGAACAUGUGUCUUGUAGAGUAUUCACUGACCAGCCACUGAUUCAUAAAUAGGGUCAGACUAUAGCAAUAACAAUCUAUGAGAAAUAUACUUUUAUGUGGCUUUGUGUUAUGAGACCCUUAGGCUCAAGGCCUUGUGACAAGCAAGAUAUGUUCUGUCAUUUAAGCUUUACUAGUCUGGUGGUAAUUUUAAGGUGAUGUGAUGUGUUAGUUCUCUGAGGACAUCAGCUUCCUUCUGAAACAAUGAUCUUAUAUGUGAAAUAUUUUAUCAUGAUAUACUGUAUAGAACUAUUUUUAGGUUGAACUAAAAAAUAUCUGAACCUAUGAAUCAAGCUCUAUGUCCCUAGCAAGUAAAGUAUGUACUAGUUUAGUUACUUAGUUUUUAUAUUUCUCCAUAGUAGAAUGAAAAUGUGUGUUGUAUUUAAAGGUUUUCUUUUUUUUCAUUUAACAUAAGUGUUAUAUAAAUAGCAAAAUAUUUUAUAUUAAACAACUCUUACACUCAAAACGUUCAAAUAUAUCUAGGUCCUGUUAUAUUUCUGUAAU